AUGUGUCGCUGGGGCUUCUGUGGCACGACAGAGGAGUUCUGCGAGGAAACAGAUGAUGAGGAGACAAGCUGCCAGAGUAAUUGUGGUCAACCUGAGCGAGACACAUGCGAUAGUCGCUGGGAGACACGCCGGAUUGCUUAUUAUGAGACCUGGGCCGAUACCAGAGAAUGCGACGCCUUUCGACCGGAGGAUAUCCCGGUGAAGGCAUUGACGCAUUUGAACAUUGCGUUUGCGGGAAUCGAAGACUCGGAAAUCACCAUUGACAGCUCUGAGAUGAUCUCGAGGAUUGUCAAGCUGAAGAGGCGCAAUCGAUCCUUGAAGGUCUUUAUCGCUGUUGGAGGGUGGGCGUUCAGCGAUCCUGGGCCAACGAGAACCGCAUGGUCCGAUAUGGCCUCGACCUCGGACAACCGGCAAAAGUUUAUCAACAGUCUUAUGGACCUUUUCGAGACACACGGGCUUGACGGCGUAGACCUUGACUGGGAGUACCCUGUGGCUGGUGACCGCGGUGGAAAAGACGAGGACUACGAAAACUAUGUCUCCCUAGUACGAGAAAUGAAUGAAGCCUUCCAGAAGCGCAAUCCGUCAUGGGAUAUAUCGAUGGCUAUCCCAGCUAGUUACUGGUAUCUGCAGCACUUUGAUGUAUCGGCAAUGGAGAAAGAAGUGAGCUGGUUCAACCUCAUGAGUUACGAUAUGCGCGGUAAAUGGGAUCAAUUUAACGAGUGGACAGGUCCAUAUGUCUUUGGACACACGAAUGUCACUGAAAUCGAAAUUGGAGUAGACCUCUUGCGGCGGAAUAAUAUUAAUCUCUACAAAGUCAGCCUAGGAAUGGGUUUCUAUGGUCGGACCUUCACGCUGUCUGAUCCCGGAUGCUCGGAGCCCGGCUGUGAAUUCAGUGAUGCUGGCCUUCGUGGGGAGUGCUCUGGCGAGUCUGGGAUUCUCACCUUCAAAGAAAUCAUGGCCCGCCAAAAGCGGCUAAACCAAAAGGUGAUCAAGUACGAUGAAGACUCGGGGGUCAAGUACAUGGUCUACGACGAAAACCAGUGGAUUACCUACGAUGAUGAAGAGAGCUUCGAGAAGAAGCGAGAAAUGCUCGACAACGAGUGCUUUGGGGGUGUCAUGAUCUGGGCUAUUGAUCAAGACACUAAUGACUUUCAAGCCCUAACUGGCCUUCUGGGCGACUGGGUGACUGACGAGCUCCUCGAAGGAGGCGAACUGAGCGAUGAGGAGAAAGAAGACCUGGUUGAUGAAAUGGGCGGACUGACGGGCGAUGGCUGCUAUGUCACCAGUGGGUGUGUUGGUGGUGAGCCAACGAUCGAGGGUAACCCCGAGUGCAGGAAAGGGGAUGUUGUGGUUGCCCUAGUGCAUUCGCCCACAGAAUCCUACCAGGAACUCUACGGAGCCCUUUCUCAUACUGCAGAUACCUGCGGACUAGGUCAAUAUAAACGGGUUUGCUGUCCCGCUGACAGUCCCGCCGUGAACUGCCAGACAGUUGGUGCGCCUGAGGGCGACUCGACUAAGUGUACUGGCGGCGAGGCCGAAUUGACUUGUGGGAAUGGGCGGUAUGAGCUGAUCACUGAUCGUUAUGUGGACGCCGUGGGCCAGAAAAAGUGCUCAAGCGGUGCAAUCUCAGUCUGCUGCGAUGCGGCACCUGAGCUGCAGAAGUGUCACUGGUCUCCCUGCACGGUUUUCCAUACUUGCUCGGACGGUUAUGCCCAGCCGAUUGCUACUAGGGGCGACUUCUGCGAAGAAGGAGAAGCUCAGAACUUUUGCUGUGAACUUGACGAGGUCGAGAGCUACGAGCAAGAUGGCGACAUUACCCUUAUCAACAUGCCUACAAUGUCGGAAUGCUCGAAGAGAGGAUGCCCCUCUACCCAGUUCACCGCCGCAAAAGCUAAGUUGCCUAAUAGACGUGCUGGAACAUGGGCUCCAUGUGACUACUAUUUCCCCGGUAUCAGACAUCGCUUGUGCUGUGACCCCAAACCAGACAGGGAUUUACCGUUUGAUCUCGGGAAGAUAUUUCCUAAUCCUAUUGAAGAGGACGUGAUAUAUCGGUAUACAGAUAACUAUGGCAACAAUGACGAGGACCCAAACGGCCCUGAUGAGACAGAUGUGGGCGAUGACCCAUACGGGUUCAUUGUCCUUGACGGCGAUGAGGGUGCUCUCAAUGGAGAGUUUGCCAGCAGUUUUGUUUUUACGCGUAGUGAUGAUGGAUCUGAGAACCCCGUUAGAAAACGUGAGACGUUGACGCGCAACGACCCCAAUGUGGUCGACUGGGUAUUCGAGCACGAAGAGACUUACCACUUGGUCUACUGCAAAAGGGGCAGAGAUAUAGAAUGUGAAAAGGUGUUUGUGGAAGGCGCCCCAGACACGAUCAUUACUCUUCCACGGCAUAUUGGCUCAGGCCCGUACGCACGCAUUGUGUCCAUGGAGCCUGUGCAUCCGCACUAUCUCUCGGACUUCCAUAAGUCGAAACGAGCGGUGGAGGGGCAUGACUCUAUGGUCUAUAACCUGACAUUUGACUACCGGUUUGAGCUUAUCAAGCGCGAGGAUUCCACGGUGAACAUGCGAAUCGACUAUACAAAUCUUGUCCCCUACUGGGACGAUUUCACCGGUGAGGAAUCUGGUACUGGAAAAUCAAAGCGAGAGCUGCGUGCAGAGAGACGCUGGUGGGGAGGAUUCUCCGACUGGCUGGAGAAGCUAACAACCGUACGCUCUUCGGACAAAGGCAAGCUUCCACUUUCUAUCAAUAAGAGGAUGCUUCUGUAUAGCAAACGUGCCCGCUGCUCGAGAAACAAUGUGCGGCUGGAAGCCGGAAUGGAUGUCACCCUUGAUGCGAAAUUCGACAUGAACGCCCGAUGGUCCUACUAUGCACAGGGAACGAUUGUGCCCCUGAGCAUUGAUACCGUGUAUGCCUAUUUCGAAGUCACCCCGGAAGCCCGGGCAGUUAUUGAAAUUGAGGGAAGUGCGGAAAUGCAGUACAAUAGUCCCCGGAUCAAAAUUAUUGACACGCUCUCAUACCCGGGAUUGGCCAUUAAGGGCAUUGCCGCGGUAGGCCCUACAUUGGAUCUCUACGCCUCCAUGGAAGCCUACGCGCGGGUUGCCGGGAAACUCACCGGCGGGGCAAAGAUUACUUUUCCACGCUAUGAGAUGUACUUCCCUCAGAAUGACGAUUCGGAAGAAUUCCAGCGAUUCUUGGAACCGAAUAAGGAUGAUGAGCAGCGCGCCUCGGGUACAGACAUGACUCCUAUUCUGGACGCCAGUGUCGAGGCCAUUGUUCAUAUUGACUUCAAGAUCACGCCUGAGGCUAACCUGGGUAUUAAGGUGAAUUCUCCUAUAGGAAGUAAAAGUGCUUUGCUGGAUGCGCAGAUCGUUGGCUUCGUGAACAAUACGUUGCGCUUUGAGGUCCAAGCAGAAGCAAAUGGGGGUAUUGAGAAUCCGCCUGCGGCAUCGUAUAGCGUGUUCAUCAAGUUCUUUUACAACUUCGGUGGGUUUUGCUCUUCUUAUUCAGGGCAAUCAAGAACCCUUUGGUCUGGUCUUGGCCGCGAGAAGAUCCUCUGGGAGCACCAUGGGUCCACUGCAGCCUCCAAGCGAGGUCUCCUGCCAGAAGCAGGGGGCCCAGACAGGUUUAUUCCCUUGUAUAACCUAUCUUCCAUGUCAGAAACAGACGGGAUUCUAUCCCCUCGCUCGCUAGAGAAACGAGUAACGCUAGAAGAUGUCCCGGCCUUCAACGGCGGAAAACCCUUCUUCACCUGCAACGACGGAGGCCAGUGUUCGAGCGGUGGGUGCGCGGGCGACGCCUGUGAGUGGAAUCCAAAUACUUCCCAGUCAACUAGCAAACGCCAAGGUGACGAUGACAACGACGAUGGUGACCCAAUGGACGUCGACCCAACCCAAAGCUGUGUGAAUUCCAUCCCCGCCAUGAUGUACAACUGCCGCUACUUUCCCGACGAGACACUCCCAGGAUACGGAGUUCCAAUCGGGGGGAUCUGCCGCAACAUCCUUGAAGGCCUCAGCAAGAAUAAUCUAGACGGACAACCAUUCCCCUUGACAUACAGUAUGGCCGGAAGCACAGAAAGGGAUGAGGAUCGUCGCUAUGUUGCCUGUGAAGGGGGCUCUCGCCACGACUUUGUUAUCGUUGAUCGGGAGGGAAAUAUGCAUGAUUACUACGACACAUGGGCUCGGCAAUGUAUUGAGGAAUCGAACGUCCUCUCGGACAUUACUGGUGAUGAUCCAGGGGAGCCAGGGAACGACAACUGGCUUAGCUGUGACGAGUUCCCCUUUAACAGUGUGGAGGAAGGGGGCCAAGACUCGACCCUUAACAGGAUGUGUGUGCCUGGGUACCAGCAGUACAUUCAAGGGAAUAUAAAUCAGCUCCCACGACGAGUCGUGCAGGAAGUUUCCUGGAUCGAUUCGAAAGGAAACACAAAAACGGCCACCAAAUCAUGGACGCAGGACUGGCUUGGUUACAAUGCCAAAGGACGCCAGGGCAACCCGGACAAAGAUUCGGCGUGGAACUGGGCUGAGAAUAACUGGAAGAGAUUUACCUUUCAUCUGUUCAACUCCGAGUCUGAUACUACAGUGACGGGAUCGCGGUACGAGGUCUUCAAUCACAACCUCGUUACGAAGUCCGGCUUCGAGAGCGAUAUGGGCAAUGUGGUUGCGGCCAUGAAUUUUUUCAACAACCCUAAGUAUACAUACGAAGGCUUCAACGCCUGGUGUCGGAGCGAUAGAAAUGGACGGAGGAAUCACCCGCUAUGGGGAGAAAGAUACCCCAAUUUUGUUCGGAUCAAGGGGUGA